AGACAGAGGAGCAGACAGAGUAGCGCGGUACUACCGUCGCGGACUGCCGUCGGUAAGCGACCGGAAGCCACCGGAAUCUUCGAUCCUCCGCCCGAAUACUGCGCAGGAGAAUGCAGUUCGCUCUGAUUUUCCUGGUGCUCGCCUUCUUGGCCGGGACGGGCACUCUCUGGGCCUGGCCGUCAGGGGCACCGCACAAAGCGUGCGACUCUCAGACCCCACAGCACGGAGAAAACCAGCCGCAAACCACCCAGUCCCCGUUCGUGGUCCACGCCACUCCAAAUGCCGUAGGCCAAGGACAGCACGUCACUGUGACCGUAUACGGCAGCAUACCUUUCAAGGGAAUCCUCCUGACGGCACGAGACGUAAACACCAGUCAAAUCUUGCACGGAACCUUCACCGCCGACGAGAACAGCAAGACCUUGGACUGUUCCGGAGGACAAGCGAACGCGAUCACUCACAGAUGCAGCACCGAGAAGAGUCAGGUGGCUGUGUACUGGACACCACCUAGUGGUUACACUGGACAAGUCUACUUCAGCGCAACCGUCGUGCAAGCCUUCAACACUUACUGGAAGGGAAUCACCUCCGACGGUGUCUUUGUGCAGUAAAGAAAUAAAGAAGGG